AUGGAGGAGAAAUUAAAUUUAUACAUUUACCCUCUAAAGAGGCUUAAAGUAUACAAUGAACCGAAUUCAAUUGAAGUUACAUUAAACACGUUUGAUAAAAAAAAAUUGAAUAAAGAUGAAAAAAGAAAUGAAAUUCUUGAAGAGUUAAAAUGUAAACGUGUUGAGAACCCACAUAUGAUUUAUGAUUCUUUAAAUUCAAAUAUCCUUUAUGAAAUAAAAAAUUUCUAUGCAACAGAUAAAACAUAUAUAACACGACGAGAAGUAAAAGACAGUAAUUUGAACAAUACAGAUAAAAAUUUAAAUAGUAAUCAAAACAAUAUAAGUGACAAAAAUAAUAAUAUAAAUGAUAGUUCAAGUGACCAUUCGGAUAAUAUUAUAUAUGAUGAAACAGAUGAAUGUUCUCAUGACAAUGAUUCUAAAAGUGAAGACAUGUCAAAAAAAAAUAAAAAAAAUAAAAAAAUAAAUAAAAAUAAAAGUAGCAACAAAAAGAAAGAUGAUAAAAAGGGUAAUAUUAAUAAUGAAAGUAUUUAUAAUGAAAGUAUUUAUAAUGAAAGUAAUUAUAAUGAAAGUAAUUAUAAUGAAAGUAAUUAUAAUGAUAAUAUUUAUAAUGAUAAUAUUUAUAAUGAUAAUAUUUAUAAUGAUAAUAUUUAUAAUAAUUUAAAUCGAAACUUACAAAAUAAAAAUAGAACUAGAAAUGUUUAUAAAUCCUCAAAAGUUGCAGAAUAUUUUACAAAUUACCCUCAAGAAGUACAAGAAGACAUUUCGUCAUGCUCAAGUGAUGAUGAGAUAAGUACUUUGAAAAAAAAAAAAAAAAAUAGCUAUAAACCUAAUCCAUCAUAUAAUGUAAACACAAAUGGAAAAGAUGAGAUAAUAUAUUCAUUAUCGAGUGAUUCGAUAAAACAUUCAGAUAUAUAUUAUGAUGACAUAAAAAAAAAAAAAAAAAUAGCUGAAAAAAAUUUUAUAGAUUUUUUACAUAAUACAAAAAAAUAUGAAAAAGAAAUUAAUUAUAAUCAUGUGAGAAAUAAUACGUCUAGAGAUGUUAUUAAUACUUUGGCUACAUUCUAUAUUGAUAAAAAAAUAAAUAUAAAUACAAAAUAUUCAUAUGAUUUACAUUUCAAUAUGAAAACCCCCGUUGUUGUAUUUCCAACAGGAUUUUAUAAUAAUGAAAUAAAAAUUGUAGAAAUGCAAAUUAAAGAUUUUAUAUAUGACGAUAAUUAUAUAUAUAACAAGUGUAAUCAUAAUAUUAACAAUUUUAACAAUAUUAACAAUAUUAACAAUAUUAACAAUAAUAUUAAUAUUAGUGAAUAUGAAAAAAUAUAUAAAAACGAUUUUGUAUAUAAUCCACAUAUUAUUAAUAAUAACACAAGUGUAUAUAAUUAUAAUAGUCUAUAUAAUGAUAAUCAUUUGAUACCAUCAAAUAUAAAAUUCAAUUUUGAAAAUGAAAUAAAUAUCAUACCAACAAACUUAUCUGUUGGUAAUGAUGAAUAUUUAUAUAGAACACAAUUACCAUCAUAUACAAGUUUGCCAAAUAGAAUUAAAAUUGCAAAAGAAUAUAAUAAGAAUUAUAAGUAUAAAAAGUUUUAUAAAAUACAAAAUGAUAAUCUUCUUUUAUAUAAAAUUAAUCGUAAUCUAACUGAAUCUAAAGAAUUAGGAUCUAUUUCUGUUAAUAAUUUUUAUAAAAUUAAAGAAAUCAAAGUUGAUAAUAAUAAUAUUAAUCAAUCUGUUGUGUAUUCUAGAAAUGAUUUUGGACUUUUUAUUUUUCUUUUACACUAUAAAGAAAAUGAUGUUUUUAAUAAUAUUUACGAGAAUAGUAUAUCAGAUCCAAAAGAUAAAAAAUAUGAAAUACAAAAUUAUAAAUUAAAUAAGAAAAAUACAACAAAUUAUUUUUCAAAUUAUUCUUCAAAUGAACAAAAUUUUUUUAAAAUUUCUAAUUACAAAAUACAAAUAACAAAAGAUAUCCUACUAUUUGAUCGAUUAUAUCAAAUAUGUCCAAGUCCAUUUACAUUUGGAAAAUGUUUAUUUAUAGGCAAUCAUAAUAGUUUAUAUUCUUACGAUAUACAAACUAAUGUUAUACAAAUGUCAGAUAUAAAUAAUAAUGCGUCAUUCUUUAAACAAAAUGAUACUUUUAUAUGUAUGUGUCAUUUACAAGAUGAUAAUACAAUUCUCUUUGGAGCUAGAUAUCUUUAUAUUUAUGAUCAAAGAGAAAAACAAAUGGCGAAAUUUAAUACUAGUAAUUAUUUUGCUAAAAAAACAACCAAAAAAAGAACUACCAAAAAUGUUUCUGAACAAUUUGGUAAUAUCUUAUCAGAACGUAAUAUUAAUCCAAAUAAUCUUUAUAAUGAAAAUAUUAGUCGUUCUCAUUUUAAUCAUGGUUAUACAGCAUUACAAAAAAAUCCAGAUUUCCCAUUUAUAGUUGCUGCAGUCAAUGCAUCAUUUAAUGUUAUCGAACUCUGGGAUACGAGAAAUCAAUAUGAACCAUUAUUUAUUUUUCCAUUAAAUAUUUCUGAAUUCACACACACUUAUUUUAGACAUAUUGAAUGGAUAAGAAUAUCACCAAAUGUUUAUGAUUAUGAUAAAAAAAAUAGUUAUAACUUAGCUGCCUUCUCCUAUUAUGAACAUCAGGUGUAUAUCAGAAAAAUUGUCAUCUAUGAUGAUUUUACAAACUACAAAGAUUUAGGCAUACAAACGUAUACUAAUAAUCAGUCACAAUUUAUGUACAACCAUCUUUUCAAAAAUAAUAAUAAACAGAAUGACGUGCACUUUUUUGAUUCUAUUAAAGACACAUCUUCCAUUCAAGAUAAAGGAGAAACAAAAGAAUAUAAAAAAAAAAUGACAAAAAGGAAAAAAUUACAACAAAUGGGUGAAACUACAAAAAUGGAGGAAAAUAGAAAAAUGGAGGAAAAUAGAAAAAUGGGUGAAACUAGCCAAAUGGAGGAAACUAACCAAAUGGAGGAAACUAGCCAAAUGGAACAAACUAGCCAAAUGGAACAAACUAGCCAAAUGGAACAAACUAGCCAAAAUGGAAAAGUUCCAUUAACUUCCCAAGAAAAUGUCCCCAACUACUUGGGAGAAAAGGGUUGCAUCUUCAACCAAACCAAUGGUGUAAUAAAAAAAAAUACUGUUGUUUCAUCUCGAAAUAGGAAUAAAAAAGAGAAUAUUAAUUAUAAAUAUUUAACUGCAAGAGAGAUGAGAAAACGAAAAGAUAUUUGUUAUAACCACUUGUUUAGUUAUCGAAGUGUAAAGAUGCAUAUAGAUGAUUCAAUAAUAAUGGAUGCAUCUAAAUUUACAACAUUACAAAAGAAUAAAAGGAGUUGUAUAAAAUUAAAUAAUGAUGAUAAAAAGUAUAAUUUUAUAAAUUCUAAUAUGUACAAUAUGUUUUUUGGAUUAUAUGGUAUGCAGUUUAUAGAAUUUACUAUACCUGUAUUUUAUUGUUCUAAAGAAAAGAAAAAUAAAAUAGAACAAUAUCCACAUGAACAGGAUAAAACCAAAAAUAUGUUUUUAGAAAAACAUUAUUAUUUUGAUGAAAAAAAAACAAAAACGUAUGAAUAUUUUAUUAAAAGAAAGAAAGAAAGAAAGGUAUGUUCAAGACAAGAAGUGGAAGGUAUUAAAUUGGAUUAUAUUCAAUUUGUUAUGUAUAUAAAUUCUUCAGGUCAAAUAUUUUGUAUGCCUCUUAAUCUCAAUAUAAAGAAAAUAAAGAAAGAGCAAAUUAAAGAAUGGAUACCUAUAAAUAAAUUAUAUAUUACUAAUACUUAUGUAAAUGAAGAUAUACAAAAAUUAUCUCAACAAUUUAUUGAUAUUAUUGAAAAUAAAAAUGUUGAAAAUAAAAAUAUGGAAAAUAAAAAUAUGGAAAAUAAAAAUAUGGAAAACAAAUAUAUGGAAAAUAAAUAUAUGGAAAAGGAUUCAUAUGAAUUUUUAAAUAAGGGAGAAGAGGUUAUAAGUAAUGUUGAAAAUAGUGCAGAUAAGGAAACAGAAUUGUCUAAUAAGAAUAAAUCUAUUAUUAAUAUUCAAAAUGAAGAUAGUCAACAAUUUUUUAAUAAUGAAAAUCAAUCGGAACAUACAAAUUCGGUUGAAUAUGGAGAUCAGUUUAUAUUAAAUAUCAAUGAAAAUAUGGAAAACUUGAAUAACAUGUAUGUUGAAGAAAAUUACACUGAUAAUAAUAUAUAUAAUGAUGAUAAUAUGUAUAAUGAUAAUAAUAUUAAUCAAUAUGAUAAUAAUAUUAAUGAUGAAAAUAAAAAUUCACAUAAUAAUUUUGACCAUGAAGUAAAAGAACAUAAAAAUGAAAACAUCAACAAUGUUAUUAAAGACGAGGAAAAAACAUUUUCAUUAACAAAAGAUAAUUGCUAUGUUUUAAAAGAUUUAUAUUCUUCUUAUUGUAAUAUAACAAAUGAAUUUUUAUCAGAUAUGUUUAGAUUUUUAUCUAGAGAUAAAGUUCUUAUAUUACAAAAAAAUAGAAAUUCAAUUAAUAUAUUUAAAUAUGGGAGAAAUAAGAAAGAUGAAGAAAAUAUUCUUAUGAACAUAAAAAAUUGCCUAGUCAUAGAAAAAAAGUCGGAUGAAAUGAAAAAUAAAAAUGAUAUAAUAAUAUCAUCAAAAAAGAAAAAUAUUUCAAAUGUAAUAAUUGGCGAUAAUAAUAUGGAAGAGGCAUAUAAACAUAAUUUAAUUUCGGAUUGUAAUAUUUUGGAAUGGGCAAAUGAUACCAAUUAUUAUAAGGAUAAUAUGAAAAGUAAUAAUAUGAAAAGUAAUAAUAAAAAAAAUAAUAAUAAGAAAAAUAAUAAUAAGAAAAAUAAUAAAAAGAAAAAUAAUAAUGUAAUAGUUGAUGAUAAUAUAGAGACGUCUGGUAAUGCUAUCAUGGAAGAGGAAGUAUUUAUACCUAAAGAAGUUCCUAUAAAUUACAAACAUGAUAGUAAUAAUAGUAAUAAUAAUAAUAAUAAUUACAACUAUUAUUGUAAUAAUAACAAUUGUAAUGUCAUCCCUUUUGAUAAAGAAAAUAUAAUGUCAAAUAUUAUUAUUGAAAAUAUGAAGGAAAUUUUUAGUUCUAAGAAAGAUAAAAAAAAAAAAAAAAAAUGCAAAGGAAUGAAAUAUAUAAAAGAAAAGGAUAGGUCCUCAUCAAAUAAUAAUAAAGAAACUCUUUGUUCUAUAUAUAAUGUAUUUGAAUUAUUUUCAAAAAAAAAUAUUAAGAAAGAAUAUAUGAAUGAACUUAUAACUACACAAAUAAUUCCUAUUUUAAAAUAUAUAAAUUUUAAUUCUUUUAAAGAUAGUAUAUUUACAGAAAAGAAAAAUGCAUUAUGUACAUUUAAAAUUCAUAACUUUUUUUAUGUAGAAACUUUGUUUAAUUUAGAAAAUUCUUCAUAUAAUUUAUCAAAAGAAAUGAUAAAAAAAUUUAUAGAAGAUAGUUAUGCUUUCUGCACGUAUUCAACAAAUUUUCAAUCAUAUAAAAUAUUGAAAAGAAAUAAUAUAUCAAAUGAUAUUUUAUAUUUUUAUAAUAAAAAUGAAACCUUUAACAAAUUUAUUAUGAAUAAAAUAAAAGUUCUACAGAGGAAUAUCCAGUUUAUGCCUAAAGAUAUCAAUAAUGAAAUAAUAAUAAAAAAAAAUAAAACUAACAAUAAAAAUAUAUAUAAUAAUAACAAUAAUGAUGGUGAUGAUAAUAAUAAAAAUAGUAUUAUUAUAUCAGAUGAAUAUGAUAUAAAUAAUAUAUAUGAAAAUUUUACAAAUGAAGAUAAUCUUAAUUAUUAUGAUUCUUUUAAUAAUAAUUUUAAUAAUUUACAAAAUUUUGAUAAUCAACAUGAAAAUAUGUUCACUCAUAAUACCAUACAUAUGAUUAACACAGGAGAUAUAAACAAUGACAAUAAUAUGGAUAAUAAGAAAAAUAAAAAUGAGAAACUACAUAAAUUGUCUAUUUUAAAAAAAGCAUAUAAGUUGAGAAAGCUAUUUGAAGUUUAUAAUGAAAAUGGAUUUAAUUAUAUAUUAACAAGUAUGAAUAAAAUACAACUAAUAAUAAAAAAAAAUAAUAAAAUAAAUAAUAAUAUGUAUCAGAAUAAUAAUGAGGAUAUAAAUAAAUAUAACAGUCAAUUUUUUGAUAAAAAAAAAAUAAAAAAAUAUUUUUUGAAAAUAUCGAAAGAACUAGACAAAUGUGUAUCAAUGAAAAAUUUUUUUUUUUAUCAAAGUCCUAUAUGUUUUUGUCUUUAUAAAAAUGAUUAUAAUAACAAAAGACAGUAUAAUACAUAUUUAAAUUCAUAUGAAUUCCUUUUAGAUAUUUUAAUCUUUUUCAACAAUAAUAAUAUAAUGCAGAGUGAAAUAGAGAGGAUGUAUACAUCUGGUAAGGAUUAUAUGUGUAUAAAAAAUGAUGAGCCUGUUGAUAAAAUAUUUAAAAAUAAUAGGAAAAGGAAAAAAACCCAUCUGAAUCAAAAAGAAAAUGAUAAUAAUAAUAAUAAUAAUAAUAAUAAUAAUAAAAAUAAUAAUAAUUAUUGUUAUGGAAGUAAAAGUAAAAUAUAUGAGAAGAAAGAUGCAUUUUAUAAGUUAAGAGAGUAUAACAAUAAGGACGAUUCAUUACGUUAUAAUAAAACUAUAAGAAAAUUUAAAAAAAAAAAAUUAUUAUUUUUAAGUAAGGAUAUUACUCAUAAUAUAUUUCAAAAGGUUUUAACGAAUGAAUAUUAUAUACCAAUACCAAAAUAUAUGAAAAAUAAAAUAAAAAUCAAAGAAGAGAAUUUUCAAUGUUCUCCAGUUACAUGUUUUAAAAAACAUUCAGUAGGUUUAUAUAAUGAAAAAUUAUCUAAUAUAUAUAAUUCUAUUAAUUUUCACAAUUUGAAAAAUUUUGAUAUACAUAAAUAUAUGUACCAUGAGUAUUUUAAUAUACAACAAAAUAAAGUGAAAAAUGAUAUAAAUAAAUAUAUUAAUAAUUAUGAAGAACCUUUAUUUGAUAAACAAUUAAAAACUACUGGACAUGCAGCUGGAUAUAAAAUGGAUUAUAAAUUAUUGAAUAAGUUGUAUAAUUUAUGGCCGAAUAAUGAAAACAAGGAAAGAACCAAGGACAAUUAUUUGGAAAUAAUGAAUAAUUUAAAAAAUAGAGAAAAGGUACUUUUUUAUGAUUAA